AUGCCCCGUGCCAAGUCCCACCGGCGAGCCCAGGCCCAGAAGCGGAGGAUGGCGCAGCCGCAGCCAUGGACCCCCCAGCCGCCUGUCCCCGAGUUCGUUGCUCGGCGCGGUACAGGGUACCGCCAUCGCGUGCGGAGAUGGCCGACUUCGAAGCUGACCCAGCGCAGCUUCAAGUUGGUCACUCCUGCCCAGAAGCCGGACCAGAAGAUGGUGUUCGUCGUGGGAGACUCCCACCUGCGGGCCCUGGUGGAUGGGAUCGUCGCGAUGCCGGAGGUACCUCUCUCUUUCUCUUUUCUCUCUGUUCCAGGUGCGCAUGCAGCAGAGCUGAGGAAGGAGGUGUCCCACGCCGCUCUCCCCUGGACCCCGGACGUGGUGUGUGUGCUCGCCCCGAGCAACAACCUGACAGCCAGCAGGAACAUCGGAGAGGCGUCGCUGGACUUCGGUGCUCUCCUGGCUACAGUUUGCAACCGCUGGGCGAAGGUGUUCGUGCUGGACUUCCCUCCACGCCUGAACAUCGAGCCUGGCCUGCAGGAGCUGUUCCGCCAGGAGUUCCGCCGUGUCGCAGCACGCAUGGGUCUCCCAUACGUGUCUGUGGCAGAGCACCUCCCCAUGGACCGUUUGGAGCUGUGGAGCCCGCAAUGUGUUCUGCGUUUCACUGUUUUCCAGGUGCACCUCAGCGACAGCGACGGAACGCCGAUCCUCGUCCAGGCCCUGUGGGACGCCGCGGUCCGCCAGCUGGCUCCUCCUCCUCCUCCUCCUCCCUCGGUGCCCCCCCGGACAUCGCCUCGUGCCAGGGUCUCCCCCGUGCUGGUCGUGACGGGACACAGCCCCGCGGCUCGUCACCGCAACCCACUGGAGUGGACCGUCGUCGGACAGGAGGGCAAGAUUCGAGCAUCUCCGGUGCAAGAGUCUGUCCUCCCGUCCAACCCCGUGUGGUUCAGCGGCGACAUCCUGGAUGCCAUGGAGAGGGUUUCGCCAUCCUCGGACAGCGACGUCACUGCCCUUCUGCCAGCUGGCCAGACUUCCCGUGUGAGGCGUUCGCCGAAAGGUGUUGCCACAAGGCGUAGAGGAGGAAAGCGGCAGGUGCUGGCAACACCUUCACCUGCCCGUGUGACCGUGCCUGCCUCCGGCCCCAGACCAGCGGUGCAGCAGGUGGAGGCGACAGCCCAGGAGUCGUCCAGCGUGGUGCCAGGGGUGGUCGUCGUCCGGGAGGAGGUUGCCGCAGCGUGCCCGGCCGUCCCGGAGGUGCCGGCAACACCUUCACCAGCCCGUGGGACCGUGUCCGCCUCCGGGCCCAGACCAGCGGUGCAGCAGGUGGAGGCGACAGCCCAGGAGUCGGCCAGCGAGGUGCCGGGGGUGGUCGUCGGUCGGGAGGAGGCUGCCCUUCUGCCAGCUGGCCAGACUUCCCGUGUGAGGCGUUCGCCGAAAGGUGUUGCCACAAGGCGUAGAGGAGGAAAGCGGCAGGUGCUGGCAACACCUUCACCUGCCCGUGUGACCGUGCCUGCCUCCGGCCCCAGACCAGCGGUGCAGCAGGUGGAGGCGACAGCCCAGGAGUCGUCCAGCGUGGUGCCAGGGGUGGUCGUCGUCCGGGAGGAGGUUGCCGCAGCGUGCCCGGCCGUCCCGGAGGUGCCGGCAACACCUUCACCAGCCCGUGGGACCGUGUCCGCCUCCGGGCCCAGACCAGCGGUGCAGCAGGUGGAGGCGACAGCCCAGGAGUCGGCCAGCGAGGUGCCGGGGGUGGUCGUCGGUCGGGAGGAGGUCGCCACAGCAGGCCCUGCUGUCCCAGAGGAGCGACAGAAGAUCUUCAAGCUAAGGCUGUUUUUGUUCCUUCUAUUUGUGUUAGAGAUGUUCAAUUUGCCACAGCAGCUGGAAUUAGACGGACAGCUGUUUAGGUUCGGUUUUGGCGACACAGUGUUAGGCGAAUCGUUCACCCCUGGAGUCCAUGUGAUCCUGGUGGCAGUCAUUCACCCCUGGAGUCAUGUGACCCCAGUGGCAGUCAUUCAUGCCUGGAGUCAUGUGACCCCGGUGGUAGUUGUUCACUCUCAGGAGUCAAGUGACCCCGGUGGCAGUCCGUUCAUCCCUGGAGUCACGUGA